AUGCCGCAGGACGGCCUGGGAUGUGAGGCACGGAUUGCCGGCGGCUGGGUUCGUGACAAGCUGCUGCACAAGCAGUCGCACGACCUCGACGUGUCGCUGUCGACGCUUACGGGCUACAACUUUGCGCUCUUUUUGCGCGCCUACAUGGAGUCGGACACGUUCCGUGCAUCGCCGCUAUUCUCUGAGCUCGCGGCGCUGGCCGAGCGGAACACGGCGACAAUGAGCCAGAUUGGCAAGAUCGCCGCGAACCCCGAGCAGAGCAAGAACCUCGAGACGGCGACGGCCCGGCUGCUUGGUCUUGAUCUCGACUUUGUGAAUCUGCGCAAGGAAGAGUACCAUGGCGAAAGCCGUAUCCCCGUCAUGUCGUUCGGCACGCCGCUGGAGGAUGCGCUGCGCCGCGACAUUACCGUGAAUACCCUAUUUUACAAUGUGCAUACGCGCCGCGUGGAAGACUGGACAGAAAAAGGCCUGGCGGACAUGAAGGAGGGCAUUGUACGCACACCUAUGGACCCUGUGGUGACGUUUACAGACGAUCCCCUGCGGAUUCUUCGCUGUGUGCGCUUUGCGAGCCGCUUUGGCUAUUCGAUCCACGCUGACAUUGUUGCUUGCUUGCGUGGUAGCUCAUCAGAGGACCCGCAGCGUGCGCAGUCUGUCGCUGAGGAGCUGCGCGAGAGCCUCAUGCGCAAGGUGAGCCGCGAGCGCUUCGGCAUCGAGGUCGACAAGAUGCUCUCCGGCCCCGACCCGCUUCGUGCGCUGCAGCUCUUGUCGGAGCUGCAGCUGUACACGGCCGUGUUCCUGCCUCCCCCUCAAGAAGACGUGACGUAUAUCGAUGAGGAAGGGCAGACGGUCAGCCGCUCGAUCUUUGACGAGAGAGCGGCGCUGGCUACUGCCUCGCUUCUCCAAGAUAUUCUGUGCCACGGCGGGCGCUACGCAGUGUCCGAACGCUUGCCCGAGAGCCUUGCGGAUGCCGUGUGGAACGACAAAGACGCGCUGCGUUUGCUGUGGUUUACUGUCGCGCUCCUCCCUCUGUACGGCAUCCAGUCGCCCGAGAAGAAAAAGAUGGUGUGGCCCGGUGCGCGCGUCAUCCAGUCGGGGCUCAAGCUUGGCUCGAAGAAUACCAAGGACCCAGUCGAGUGCAUUUACCACGCGGCCGAGCUGCUCACGCGCCCUGACCUCGAGCGUUUCCCGGGUGAGGACGAGGAGCUUUUUACGCGCAAGUCGUCCAUUGGCCUCUUGCUGCGAAAUGCAAACAUCAUCAAUCCGCGUCUGGGCGUGACGCUGCCGACGACGCUCCUCUACUCGUUCCUCUCCGACCUAAUUCCCUACUGGAGCGACAAUGGCCACGGCCUCGAGCUCGACGAGGGGGCAGCACAGGCCAUUGCGCGCGAGUAUGCUGCCUUUUGGGAGCUGGUCAAGACGGAGCAUCUUGACGAAGCGGCCCUCGAGCGCCCGAUCCUCGACGGCAACCAGAUUGCCGAGACGCUCGAGUGCGACCGCUCGCUGAUCCACCGAAUCCAACCCUACGUUGUUGCCUACCAGCUCGACCAUGCAGAGCCCUCUGAUCCCGCAGAGCGUGCUGCUGCAUGUGCCGCCUAUCUCAAGGACGAGUGGACCGCCGGCCACAUUGUCCCGGUGUCUGAGCGGCGUGCGCCCGGCGCCGAGAAGAAGAAACGCCUAAAGCAGUAA